AUGUCUACAAACGAGGCAGACUUCAACACUCCCAUCCGCCGCGUCGUCACGGGCCACAAUGAAAAUGCCGUGGCAGUCGUGACCCGCGACGACUUGAUUGCCGGAAAGAAGGCGCCGCACGGACCCGUCAUCGUGCCCGUAUGGUCGACCGCAGAGCUCCCACCCGACGUCAACUCCACUGAGGACAAAGGCCUGGCCCAGACCGGCAUCGCCAACGAUGGAGCAAUCUUCCGCAUUGUGGGCCUCCCCCCGCGCUCUAAGAGCGUAUUCCACCGUACCGUCACUCUGGAUUACAUGUUCGUUAUCGAGGGGACGAUUACCAUGACGCUGGAUGACGGUUCGAGGACUGAGCUGAAGAAGAACGACACCGUGGUUCAGCAAGCUACGAUGCACCGGUGGGAUAACGACACUGAUGAGUGGGCUCGUGCUUUGUUCAUUCUGAUCAAGUCGCAACCGCCGAAAGUUGGUGAAAAGGUUCUUGAGGCCGACAUUCCCAUGAAGGUCUGA